AUGGUCGUGCCCGAACCGGAGUUAAAGCAGGUGUCCGAUGACACAACCCAGCCAGGGAGUAGUCUGAAUACGGACGCAGUACCAGCCACAAACGCAGGCAGAAGAAAAUUGAAUGGAAAGGCACUGGAGAGCACGGACAAAUAUAAUUCUAACGAGAAGCAGCCAUCCGGUGCCAAGAAGCUCAAACAAGACAGUGACAAUAGACCUGUGGGGCUUGAGGAGAGGCAUACGCUUUCCAUUGCCGAGACAAGGAAGCGCAGGGAAAGCGUUUUCUUAGAUGAGCACCUCUUUAUACCCAAGGAGCUGGCACGCAGCAAUUUACGCAGCUCGGCUGUAAAUAGCUUCUCUAAGUUGUCGAGACAUAAGGACCAUCGCAUGCUCAAGUUUACCGUUGGCACUGGACGUGCACGACACGUGGCCAAUCAGUUAAAGAAGGCACAGAUGGCUGCUCUGCAGAGCAGCUCCAAGGAGUCACCAGAUGAGUCGGAGCUGAUCGAUGGCAAUGAAGUUACGAGCUACGAGGAAACAAAGGAAGAUGAAGAUCCCAUGGCCACGAAGGAGGAAGCCAUAUAUUUGCCUGAUGUGGAUGCUGAGAGUGCUGCAAAUGAUCCGGUGAUCCAUUAUCCGGUGAUCAUUGACGCUGAGGAAGAUGAUAACACGAAGGAAGUUGAAGAUCCCAUGGCCCCGAAGGAGGAAGAAGGCAUACGUAUGCCCGAAAUGGAUGCUGCAAAUGAUUCGAUGAUUCAUUUUGAGGUGAUCUCUGACGCUGUUGAAGAUGAUAACACGAAGGAAGUUGAAGAUCCCAUGGCCACGAAGGAGGAAGCCAUAUAUUUGCCUGAUGUGGAAUGGAUGCUGCAAAUGAUCCGGUGA